AAAUAACUAAAUACUCUCAAUUAAUUAAUUAAUUAAUUAAUUAAUUAAGUAAUUAAAUCAUAUUUUAGUAUUUGUCUACUGCUUUCCAAGAUUAACAUUGUCUAGCGAGUUUGAAAUGAAAGCAGGCGUGCUUCACUGUAAGUGCUCCAAGUGCUUCUCCUUGCCAGCCAAGCGGCGUUUGAGGAAGCGUGCGCCCGCGCUGACGCUGCUGAGCCUCCCUGAAGAGGUGCUGCUGUGUGUGCUCAAGUGCCUGUCUGCUCAGGACCUCCCUGCAGUCCGAGCGGUCCACCCUCGUCUCCGGGACAUCAUUGACAACCAUACUAGCGUUUGGGCAAAUGUCCGCUUCCAGGACGUGUGGCCAACGCCAGACAAUCUCUGGCUGUUUGAAAGAGCUGCAGAAAGCAGGAAUUUCGAAGCAGCAGUGAAGCUGGGCAUUGCCUACCUUUACAAUGAAGGACCGUCAGUGAGUGAUGAAGGGCGUGCGGAGGUGUGUGGGUUGAAGGCCUCCCGCUUUUUCAGCCUGGCGGAGAGCCUGCGGGCCCCAGCAGACCCCUUCGUCUGGCUCUUCAUCCGACCCCCCUGGUCCCCGUCAGGCAGCUGCUGCAAGGCCGUGGUGUUCGAGAGCCUGAGGGCUGAGUGUGAGGCCGACCCGGGGAAGAAAGCAUCCCUGCUGUACUGUCUGGCCAGAGUUCUUCGGCUAUUUGAUGAUGAACAGAAGCACAGUGAAGCCCUGACCAUGUUAGAAGAGUCUUCCAGUCAUGGAUGUUUACAGAGCUCCUACCUCCUGUGGGAGUCCAAGAGAAGGGCUGCAUUGGGAGAUCCAGGCAGAUACCUCCAGUGCCUACGAACACUCAGGGACUAUGCAGCUAAAGGCAGCUGGGAAGCGCAGCUGGCUCUUGCUAAAGCGUGCGUGAAUGGGAACCAGCUGGGUCUGGAAGCGAAGGCCUGCAGCGACCUGGUGUCUCAGAUCUUCCAGUCUUCUUGCCCGCUCCCCAAGCAGGGCAUGUUCAUGCUACAGAAGGGGAUGAAUGACACCAUGAGGUACAUCCUCGUGGACUGGCUGGUGGAGGUGACCACGAUGAAAGAUUUCUCCAGCCUGUCCCUCCACGUGACGGUGGGGUGCGUGGACCGCUAUCUCCUGCUGCGCUCCGUCCCGAAGGCCAGGCUGCAGCUCCUUGGAAUCGCCUGCAUGGUCAUAUGCACAAGGUAUACGAGUAAAGAGAUCCUGACCAUCCGAGAAGCUGUCUGGCUCACAGACAACACCUAUAAGUACGAGGACCUGGUCAGAAUGAUGGGAGAGGUCAUCUCAGCACUGGAAGGCAGGAUCAGAACCCCCACGCUGCUGGACUAUGGGGAGGUGUUGCUGUCUCUCUCUCCGCUGGACAGGAGGAGUGAGAAUCUCUUGCACUAUAUCUGCGAGCUGUCUCUGCUCUACACCAGCCUGUCCCGGUACUCUCCUGCCCGCCUGGCUGCCGCUGCGCUGCUGCUCACCAGGAUCCUGCACAGGCACGCCAACCCCUGGUCCAGCCACCUGUCUGAGUCCACAGGAUACUCUCUGCAAGACCUGGUGGACUGUGUGCUGAGCCUGCACAAGAAAUGUUUCCAAGACGAUGUUCCAAAGGACUACAGACAUGUUUCACUGACGGGGGUGACUCAGCGAUUUGAGGAUGACUGUUACCAACAGAUUAGCAAAGAAAAGGUGCUGGAGUUCAGCGAGCUAUGUGUGAUCCUGGAGGUGAAAGAGGAAGGGCUGUCUGCUGCUCGGCCCCUCGUGCCUCCCAGCUCCAACACUGCAGACAUGCACACCUUCCUCUCCUCCCCGGCCAGCAAGAACAAGAGGAGAAGGGAGGAUGGUCUUCGGGAAGACCGGGGCAGCUUUGUGGCCACGCCCACUAAUGAGCUGUCCAAUCAAGAAGAGACUCUGCUGGGUAACUUCCUGGACUGGAGUCUGGACACUUCCUGUUCGGGUUACGAAGGGGACCAGGAGAGUGAAGGGGAGAAAGAGGGAGAAGUGACUGCCCCGUGUGGUGUGCUGGACUUGGUGUUUGAGGACGGCGAGCACCACUGCCGAGCGCAGUCCAGUGAAGACGAGAGCCCCUCUGAGGAAACAGGACACGAGGAGGGGGGCUCCUCUUCCAGGACACACGAGGUGCUGUUUCGGAGUCUCAGUGACCCCCCUGCUGACCUCAGCUCGGGGUACUCCUCUGUGAACAGUGCCAGCCCCCCCUCUUCCGCUAGCACCCUGGGCAAGCCCCUCUGCGUGUCCCCGCUGGCAUUCCCCCUGGCAGCACAGAGGCAUGGUCACCGGAGGCAGCUCAAGAGGAAGAACGCAGCGGAGCACAGCGGCGAGGAGAUCGGUUCUCUGAGCAUCUGAACAGCCCGGAAACCAAACCAGCAGACAAACCUGCUUGUCACCUCCCAAGUGUUUCUUAAAUUUGACACUUAUUUUAUUUAAACCGAACAGUAUCAGCACAGAUAUCCCCAAAUAAUAGUGAAAUCCGUUUUUUUUUAAUCUCAGUCUGAAUUCUUCCGUUUUUAACCAAAACGUGAAAAAGCACGUUACAAGAGGAACCCGAAGACGACACUGCUUCUGUUCAGCAGCUGUGUCCCACUCUAACAGUACUCCUCCAAACUAGAGCCUGCUGGGCAUCCAGGGGAGUGAAGGGCAGCUGGAGUGUUGGAGUCAAACAAGGUCACCAGUAUUCUCUCAUGCACCGACUGUACUGUAUAACAGUAUUGUUUCUGUAACCUCCUUGGAUCAAACACACCACACCUUUCCAGGCUUCUGUGAGCAUGUGCUUCAGGAGGCACCUCGCUGUGUGAGACAGCUUUAUCUAAACCACUUCCUGACAUACCUCAGACUGAGAAAUGCUUGAAUUACUGGAUUUAGACCCCACUUUUCUUUAUUCCCAGUCUAUAUUCAGGGACUGCAUCUAUGGUACUAACUAGCCUUUUUUUCUCCUCCUAAACUUCAAGAUUUUUGUGCCUUUUAAGACCCUGCAUAGCACUUUUUUUUCUGAAGUUCUCAGAGACAAUUAGUCUGUUAAGGGGUUUUCUAUUCGAGUCCGGUCUAGAAUAGCAAAAGUUUUAAAUACUACAGCAUUCGGUAAAAACUGAUCAUUUUGCAAAUCACUAAAGUUAACGCACAUAAACGGUUUACUCACAAGCACGUGAUUUGGCAUGAAAAAAAAUAAACCCCCAAAAAAAGUCAAGCGUGAACAGAGAGUGCGGUACAAAAUAUGGUACACAGUGUUUUUUUAAAAUGUAGUAUAACUAUGCAGUACAUCAAAAUAGAGAGACAAUCUGAAUACAAUACAGGGAAUUGCUGUGGUUUAUUUUUUCUUUCAGAAACAGUUUUUAAAAUGUAUCUUGAUUUUGUGCCUUAACAAAAAAAAAAAAAUAAGAUAAUCAAACGGUUGUCCUAAGAAUUCUGUGUAACUUCUUGGAUACAAAGUUUACAGCAGUGACACCCCCCCCCCCCCCCCC